AUGUUGCAAAAGAAGAAUGCUACCAGCCAAGUUGCAAAAAGAAGAAUGCCACCAGCCAUGUUGCAAAAGAAGAAUGCUACCAGACAUGUUGCAAAAGAAGAAUGCUACCAGCCAAGUUGCAAAAAGAAGAAUGCCACCAGCCAAGUUGCAAAAGCAGAAUGCUACCAGCCAUGUUGCAAAAGCAGAAUGCUACCAACCAUGUUGCAAAAGCAGAAUGCUACCACCAUUUUGCAGUUGAAAAGAGCAGAUGCUAACCAGCCAUGUUGCAAAAGAAGAAUGCUACCAGCCAAGUUGCAAAAGCAGAAUGCUACCAGCCAUGUUGCAAAAGAAGAAUGCUACCAGCCAUGUUGCAAAAGAAGAAUGCUACCAGCCAAGUUGCAAAAGCAGAAUGCUACCAGCCAUGUUGCAAAAGAAGAAUGCUACCAGCCAUGUUGCAAAAUAAGAAUGCUACCAGCCAUGUCGCAAAAGAAGAAUGCUACCAUCCAAGUGCAAAAGAAAAGAAUGCUACCAAGCCAAGUUGCAAAAAAGCAGAAUGUUCCCACCAAGCCAUUUGCAAAAAAGAAGAAUGCUACCAGCCAUGUUGUAAUAGCAGAAUUCUACCAGCCAUGUUGCAAAAGAAGAAUGCUACCAGCCAAGUUGAAAAAACAGAAUGCUACCAGCCAUGUUGCAAAAGCAGAAUGCUACCAGCCAUGUUGCAAAAGCAGAAUGCUACCAGCCAUGUUGCAAAAGAAGAAUGCUACCAGCCAUGUUGCAAAAAGUAGAAUGCUACCAGCCAUGUUGCAAAAGCAGAAUGCUACCAGCCACGCUGUAAAAGAAGAAUGCUACCAGCCAUGUUGCAAAAGAAGAAUGCUACCAGCCAAGUUGCAAAAGCAGACUGCUACCAGCCAUGUUGCAAAAGAAGAAUGCUACCAGCCAAGUUGCAAAAAGCAGAAUGCCACCAGCCAAGUUGCAAAAAGCAGAAUGCCACCAGCCAUGUUGCAAAAGAAGAAUGCUACCAGCCAUGUUGCAAAAGCAGAAUGCUACCAGCCAUGUUGCAAAAGCAGAAUGCUACCAGCCAUGUUGCAAAAGAAGAAUGCUACCAGCCACGUUGCAAAAGAAGAAUGCUACCAGCCAUGUUGCAAAAGAAGAAUGCUACCAGACAAGCUGCAAAAAGCAGAAUGCCACCAGCCAAGUUGCAAAAGAAGAAUGCUACCAGCCAAGUUGUAA